UUUUAAACAUUCAUAUAAAAAAACCAUAAAAUUCACAUGAUAUCAACAAAACUAAAUCGUUAUCAGUAUAGUUACAACUUACAAGUGUACCCAAUAUCCACUACCCACAUUAUAAUUAUCAUUCUAAGCUUAUCUAUAAUACAUCCACCCUCCCUAAAAAAAAUAUAUCAUCAAAAAUCCCUCAUUUAUAUAUUCUCUUAUUAAAGAAUUAUCUUUCACAAAUUUCUCAGCCAAUAAAAAGUCAUACGACAUCAUUACUAAUACGGAAUACUUCGUUUAAGAUUUACACGAAUUAAUUUUUUCUAUGAAAGAAAAAAAAAUCUCACCCAAAAAAAAAAAGAGCAAAGGAGGGAGUCCAAAAUUACAAAUAGCAAAAACACGUGCAAGUCACGUGCAUGUAAAAAAAAAAACCCUGAACCACCGUCACCAAACCUCCGUUAUAAAUACUUGGUAUCACCAAAAUACCGUGACACAAACCAAUAAUGCGUGCCGCUGUUUCCCCGUAAUUCAUUUUCCACCUUAUUAUAAAAAUCAAAAUUAUUUUAUUCACAUUUAUACUUAUAUAUUUAUACAAUUGAUUUUCCCCAAAUCAAAAAUCCCUCUUUCUUUCCAACCCUAACUUUUAUAUUUUUCUCUCCAUUACAAAUUCCUCUACAUCCCGCUCAUUUCUCCCCUUACUUUCUCUCUCCUUUUUCUCUCUCUCCUCCCCUCAAAUCUCCAUUUUCGCGCCUUCAAGUUCAUGAAAUUUCUGAUCAUAUAAUAUAAUAAUAAUCAUGGGAAAAUACAUGAAAAAGGGUAAAAUUACGGGGGAUGUUGCAGUAAUGGAAAUCCCUCAAUCUUCUUCUUUGGGUGUUCGUACUAGGGCUCGAACCCUUGCUCUUCAACCUAACCCUGAACUUUCUUACCUUCAGCUUCGUAGUCGUCGCCUUGAGAAGCCUCUUCCGCCGACUCCGCCGCCGUCGAAAACUUCUAAUUCGGAUUCUCGGAGUCGGGUUCGGGUCAACCCGGGUGGGUCCAAGAAAGGGGAAAGCGGUGGUGUUGGUGGUGGAGGACGAGGGCGUUUUCGUCAUUUUACUGAUGGGGGAGAUUCCGAGGAUUUUCAUGAUCUGGGUACUGUUGAAGCUUCCUUUGGAGAGAACAAUUUAGAUUUUGAUUCCAGAGAAAGGAGCACCCGAGAGAGCACUCCUUGCAGCUUGAUUAGAGAUGCUGAAACUAUUGGGACGCCGGGAUCUACUACUAGACCGACAUGCUCCACUGUAGUAAACAACCGAAGAACUCGAAGUACACAAAGAGCCAUCCCGACAAACCCGGAGAUGGAAGAGUUCUUUGCCGGGUUUGAGUAUCACCAGCAAAAACUAUUCAUUGAAAAGUACAACUAUGAUAUUAAAAACGAUAUGCCUCUCCCAGGACGUUACGAGUGGGUACGAGUAGACAAGUAGGAGGGAAGAAUCUGCAGAAAGCCAAUGCACAUUUCUUACAAGAAAUUAUGGAAAAAGGAAAAAAAAAAAAAUUAGAAAGAAUGUGUAACCUGUGAUUUGUAACAUAAGUGCAGCUGACUAAAUGUAGCCUAACCCUUUUAUUAGGUAGCUUAGCAGAAGACUGAUUUUAGCUUUUGAGAUCCAAAGUGAAGAUAAAAUGAUUCUGUAGGUUUAGAAUUCAGUUUAUGAUGGUUUGCAUACACCAUUGUAUUCUGUAAUUGAUAUCAUUAAAUAUUGUUCCGAAACCAAAUGUAGUAGACUAGUAGCUUUCAUGGAGUUUAAUCAUAAUUUCUCCCCUUAUUCA